AUGCAUCCUGUUGUACGAACUUUAGUGGCUUCUGCUCCUCGAAAACCCUUCCGAUAUACCUGCCGCAGACUUGCAAAUCGACGAUUUCCCCAGCCAAGCAGAAAGUUUCACCAGACACCGCGUCAACCAGCUUCAGAAGGAGGUUCUGAAAAGGCUGACGGUGCAGUCACAAGUGCAGAGGUUCGAGAUGACCCAGAAGCGAGACGGCCAGAAGAUACGUCGCAGGAGAAGGACAGUAGUACGGCCCUAUCAAUCCCCUCCCCACGGGAUUUGGCUCAUUACGGCUCCGCAGCGAGACGAUCUAAGAGAAGCAAAGCACACCAAGAAGUGAAACCUUCGGUGCGGAUCCCGGACUGGUUUAUUGACAACAACGUUCAACCAGUGGAAGAUAUUGGGAGAUCGCCAAUAGUGUUGGUCAAAUGGAGCUCAGAGAAAGCCGAAUAUGUGGAUUCGGCUGAGAAUACACAUAUAUACCCAGGUGACGCACCAGGUACGGAGCCUUUGGGUGAGGAAACAAGCGAAGCGACUUCUGAAGACGUUUCCCAAUCUCCUAAGACAUUAUAUUAUGUCGAAUCGUUCCAGUGGCACGAACUUGUUUCGACAUCUCGAGGACUGUUAAGAUUGCCGACCCCCUUCGUUGCCGAUGAUGUGGCUUCGAGGAAGAAUCACCUUACGCUGCAUUAUGCCGGUGAAGGAGGCGAUUAUUUACUCGACGAACUUGUACAGAAAUUGGCUUUGGAAGUGCGGGCAGAUACAGUUGUUUUGGACGCUUUGGACAUUACAGAUUUAGCAUGCGACCCUCACAAUAUUAGUUUGUCCGACGAUGCUGCGGAUGAUAGGAGAUUGUUGAGUUACGAUGUUUACCAAAAGGAAGAAGGACACAAUAACGAGGUCCGACGGGAGGACGAGCCCGCCAACGAGUUUGAAGAGCAAGCAGAACAAGACGAUAGUUUGGGUGGCAUCAGGCCAGCUAUGCCAACUGUUCUCUUGGAUGUAAGAGGCUCGGCAUUGGACCUAGCUGGCGGUGACAUGCCGAGAGGGCGACGCUCGGAACGGCAGUCAGGUUCUCCUGGAUCCGUGCUGUCGAAUCUAGGUUCUUUCUUUGCUGGGAAAUCUGCUAGUGAACAGCAACGCGCAACGGCGGCGGAACAGCGUUUGACGCCUCUAAUUGAGGCCGUCAUAGCAGGUCCUCUCUUGAAGCGGGCAAUGAGGAAAGAUAGCACAGCUGACAUCGAGCCCCUUGAGGCAUCACCUACCAGCCCGGCUGUUCAGGUCGAUUCACCGCUAAUCCUCCACAUUCGAGACAUCAAGGCUCUGCAACAGACCGCUUUCGGGCGAAAAUUCCUUAACGCCCUUUAUGCUCAGAUUGAGAGUAGGAGGCGUAGAGGCCAAAAGGUGAUGGUCGUUGGCACUGAUACUCUUCCAAAAGGGGAGCAGUACUCCGUGGACAACAUACGUAGCCUGCAGUCUCAGCCUCCAGGGAAUAUCUCAAGAACCAUGGUCAUCACUCCCGUGGUUCCCUCAAAAGAUGCUGGAUUGACCCUGAGACAAGACAAGCAAAAACGGACCAGAGCGAUCAAUCUCCGCCAUCUAUGGCAAAUGCUGUCCAUCAAACUGCCAGGGCUUUAUGCAGGUAGCCAAUUACAACAAAAGUGGAUAUCACUGAGCGAAGACUUUUCUAUCGAACGGUUUUACGCGCUUGAAUUACUUGGUGCUGAUCGCCACCUAUGGACAUUUGAUCAGGUCCACCGUCUUGCGACGAUGAUAGUCGGACAAUUGGAAUCAGACACUGCAGCAUCUGUGGACGAUUGCGUGAACCAAGCUUGUACGAACUUGAAGGGCAGCGACAACGCCAAGUUUGCCUGGACCGACCGACAAAAAGCGAGUCGGGUCAAAAGCAAGCCUGACAUCGAGCGCACGGAAACCCAGCGUCUAGAUAAGAUUCGAAAGAAGGCCAACAGGUAUGAGAAAAAGCUAAUUGGUGGCGUGAUCGAGCCACAUAAGAUAGCUACCACAUUCGACCAGGUCCAUGCGCCAUUGGACACGAUCGACGCUCUCAAGACUCUGACCGCGCUCUCUUUGAUACGUCCGGAUGCUUUUAAAUAUGGCGUGCUGGCAUCAGACAAAAUCCCUGGCCUCCUCUUGUAUGGGCCACCAGGGACGGGAAAGACCCUAUUAGCAAAAGCCGUUGCCAAAGAGUCUGGAGCGACCGUCCUUGAGGUCAGUGGCGCAGAGCUGAAUGACAUGUAUGUCGGCGAAGGUGAAAAGAACGUCAAAGCUCUUUUCAGCCUGGCCAAAAAGCUCACGCCAUGUGUUGUCUUCAUCGACGAGGCCGACGCUGUCUUUAGUGCCCGCGGCGGUGGACAGCGUCGUGUAAGCCAUAGAGAGCUACUUAACCAAUUCCUUAGAGAAUGGGAUGGUAUGAAUAAUGACGCUGGUAGUGCUUUUAUCAUGGUUGCCACCAAUAGGCCUUUUGAUCUGGAUGACGCUGUGCUAAGAAGACUACCUCGACGACUGCUUGUUGAUUUGCCCUCCGAGAACGACAGGUUAGAGAUCUUGAAGAUCCAUCUUCGAGGCGAAACCCUGGCAGAAGACGUCAACCUGCCGGAAUUGGCAGCCAAGACUCCUUUCUACUCUGGAUCGGAUUUGAAGAAUCUUUCGGUGGCUGCUGCUCUGAACUGCGUUCAGGAGGAAAACCUACAGGCGCAGAAUCACACAGGUGAUGACGCAUUUGAGCAUGCUGAGAAGCGUACUCUGACCGCUGUACAUUUCGACAAAGCCCUAAAGGAUAUCAGUGCCUCAAUAUCGGAAGAUAUGAGUUCUUUAAAGGAAAUCAAGAAAUUCGAUGAGCAGUUCGGAGAUAAGAGAGGGAAAAAGAAGAAGUCGCCAAAAUGGGGCUUCAAUACCGCCGCAGAGGCUGACAAGGUACUUGAUACGGUGAAGGGGCCCCGUGACACAGGACCCAAGGCAGAACGGCAUGGAAAUCGUGAUCUCGUGGACGGUUUUUCGAAUGAACCGUUGCUCACUUUUACUCUCCAAUCAGAGUAUCCCGCAGAUUCCCUGCCGAAGGUUCCAUACCUAAGUAUUCCACAAGGCUCAUCCGUACUCGUCCUCAGCUUUGCUGAACGUGGGACUUUCUUCGUCAUAUCCCAAGAACGCCUUGCACAGCGGUCUUCUGAAAGAGGUGUCUACUACAUGGUUUCCCCAUCCCAACCAUCCAAGCCUGCCUCGAAUUGCUUCCGUGAGCUGAAGUCCACGAGCUCAGCACAAACCCCGUCUACCAGCAUUUUCUCUCUGAAGAUUCCCAGGCUAGUGAGCACUCUCGAGUUCUACGAUACCCCUAGCGUGGCGAGUCCCAGUGCUACUCGGUAA